AAGAAUAUCUGAUGGAGAAGUUAUUGGGCCAAUCGUUAAGUGGAGGGCAAAAGGACACAAAGGUGAGACGGGUCCAGGGAUCAAGUGGCCAUCUGUACAAAACAGAGGAUGGAGGUUGGGAAUGGAGUGAUGAUGAAUCAGGUGAUGCAUUUGAUGAACGGAAGCCUACAGCCUUUCAGAAAACUGAACAAUCAGAAAGUCCAUCUCAUCUAAGUAAUGAGGAUAGUUCUGUCCACCUAGUCCUGCGACUACGGAAUUUACGAAGGGAGUUGAAUGAUAUCAGAUUUGAAUUCACUCCAGGAAGGGACUCUGCAGUUGGUGUUUCUCAGGAGCUCGUCUCUGCUGGUUUAGUAGACGAGUUUGACAUGAUGGUUGUAGCCAACAACCUGCAGAGACUAAUAGAUGAUCCUCAUUCAAACAGGAGCCUCACAUUCAGACUGGCUCAGAAAUGUUUUGCUGUCUGGUUGCCGUCCACAUUGCAAGGUCUCUGGCUGUGAGGGCUACCGCCCAGACGAAACCAAACUCAUUGGAUUUGCACAGCUCAGCAUAAGAUGACGAUUCUCCUCAGCAACUGGUACCAAAGAAUUCUGGGAUGCCUCUCGAUCAACACGACCUGAACCUCCUUUGCCCCUCCCCGAGAGCACUUUAUACAUGCUGUUCAAUUAUCAUGCUUCUAGUCCCCUGCAUCUUAUCAAUACUGUAGUAGUAAUAGUUAAAUAUUCAAAGGAUUUUCAAAGAUUGUCAAAUUACCUCACACGAGAAUCAGCUCCCGCAUCUUAACCACGUACAAUGAAUUUGUGCCUCCUUGAAUAGCGCAAACUGUCUUAAUUCAAUUCUAGAUUUUUUUUUAAAAAAAAGCCAUUUUAUCUCCCUGUCCCUUGCAGCCUAAGUUUAAUGUUUGAAGGUAAGAAACCAGAGUAAGAUCUCAAAAUAUGAAUGCUGUCAGUUAAUUUCAUUUAGAUUGAUUGCCACUAAAUUACAGAAUAGUGUCUAGUCCUGUUGAGUAUUGGCAAGAAGUGUUAAUUCUGCUGAAUCUUCCUCAAGGGUAGAAAAAUUCUGCAGUACCAUUGGUAUAAAGCUGUACUACGUUUACAACAAUAAGACAGUUUAGGACAGUUCAUCCAUUCUUGUAUCAUAGGAACUUUUUCAUCAGCAAUUGAAAUAGGUGAAAAAUGAGUCAGUAACAUAAGAAGAUUAAUGAGCUUCAAGUAGAUGUAUAGGAAACAGAUUAGUUAGUGCAGCAAUGGGGCUUGGAAGGAUUGUUAUCAGUGAGUUCUUUAAUCAGAUAAAUCCUAUGGUUGGAGCCCCAUCAGUGACUUGUUACAAAAGAGACUGCUUUGGAGACCUUUCUCAAGUCACUUUAAAUUGCUAUCUGUAGGAUUUUCUUUGCAAUCUGAAUUGAAAGCCCCUGAUACCAAGAUCAUGAGGAUUAAAGAGCAACUUAGUUUGGACAAGAAUCCACAAUUCUUAUUGUCUGUUUGCAUAGUUCAGGCUUGCUGUUGAAUGAAUUGGACAGAAGAGUAAUAUGAAAACUACUCAUUAUGUACUAUGAGGAGGUUUGAAAUCAGAAAUGUAGCUGUAAGUACUUGAGCCCAUCGACCUGAGAUCAUGUGGGAUCUACCUGGAUUUAAGGACGUUUGCUACCUCCUUUUAGAUUUUGUUAUGUGGCUCAGUGAUGCAAAGGAAAUUUUGAAAAUCUAGAAAUCUAGUAUUAAUUUGGAAUUAGUUUUGAAUUUAAUGGAUUGCACAUUUACAUAUGAGUUUGCCUCAAUGUGUUUCAACAUCUGUGGUGGUGAGUGAAAUGUGUAUUUCCAGUGCCAAUCUAGUGUGGAUCUCUGUGACUCAGUCAAGGAAUGACAAGAUUGUUGGAGGAGAUGUCUUGGGGACAGAAUGUUUGUUUUUCUCAAAUGUUUAAAACAGUUUAUUAAUAUGUAAAUAUGAUCUUUUUUUAAAACAAAAUGGGACAGGGGUUGGAAGGUUAAGGAAAUAUAAGAGGUUAUAAACCCUAGAGAGAUGAAUGAUGAACAUAGUCCAGAAUUCUUUUAAGGUAUUUGGUAUUCCCAAAGUGAAGUACAUUACAGAUUGUGAUCUCAUAUGUUUCCUUAAACAUUGUUGUGUCUUGGCUUUUGUCCAGACAUGGUCUGAAUGCCAAAGCCUAAAACUGUAGGACUACCAGGCAAGUACCAACUUUCUGAAUUUGCACAGUUUAUGUUUAAUUUAUUUAUUCUGCACUUGGUAAUGAUACAAUACUUCAAGCACACCUCAAUAAGGGAAGUUCAAGUCUCCUUGGACCUCAUUAUUUGGAAGCAAACCCUGAAGAAUGAAAAUUUGAUCUGGAAAUUCAAAUGAUCUCUGCAUCAGAACCCUCUGGUUUUGUAUUGUGAUGCAGCAAUUCAUCCUACACACUUUGAAGACGAUGAAAUGAAUGACUUGGGAAUAAAUUCACCUACCCUGCUUCUUGCUGGUAGUGUCAGGGUCAAAUUAUAGAACUAGUUGGAGUAGAGAGGUUGUACGUUUGACUCUAGUUCAGCUGGGUCAAGAAAUGGGUGCUACUCAUUUGGGUGGAAGAAGUGAGCAGAUCACCUCCAAAACCAAAGCUUGAUGUGAUGUGAACCAUAGGUCUGGAAAAUCCAGGAACUUCCACGAGGCAAGUGCUGCACUGUUGCAGUAAGACACAUAUUUCAAAAUGAAUCAGAAACACUGUCCGUUGCUACAUUGUAUGCGCAAUGUUAUUCACCAAAAGGGAUUGCAGAAUUUUGACAGUCUCCCCAAAUACAGGAACUGAAUUACAAAUACAUACUUAGACCUUCAUUCCAACAGAACUUAACGGAACCUGUUCCCUCAGCAGUUCUACUCCCAUGUUACCUGGAUCAAUCUGAUGCGAUUACUGGGCCCACACUAGUGGUGGAACAGGAAAGUAUAUCAUUCCAAAGUAUAUUUUCAUUUGAGGGAGUAGUGGUUGUGUGCAUGGAUGAAUUUUUGAGACAAGGAGUGAAUAGAUUUAAUUAUAUAGGGUCACUCAAUAGAGCACUAUUAUUUUCUCAGCAUUAUGGUAUUUGCAAGUUCAUAGAGUGGGGUUCAGAAGUGGUCUUUGUGAAUCAAGUGGUACAGUAUACCAGAUAUCAUUGGCUUUCAAUUUGAUGUGGGCAAAGAGGAUGAAUAUCAUACCCUAUCCUAAACACAGCUGUGAAAUAGCCAGUAUAGUCUAGAAUUGGAACAGCUCAUUCGGACCCAAAAAUAAAUGACAAAAUGGUUUUUGAGCCAGUUAUUUAGAAAUUAAAGCUAUUAACCCACUAACAGCAAGUCUAGAUUGUUUGAUCAGCAUUGUUUUAACACCAGCAUUAACCUGUUUGGUGAGACAUAAUAAGAACUGACGCUGCUGGAGUCAGAGAUAACACAGUGUGGAGCUGGAGGAACACAGCGGGCCAGGCAGCAUGAGGAGCAGGAAAGUUGGCGUUUCGGGUUGGGACCCUUCUUCCUGACUCAAAACGUCAGCUUUCCUGUUCGUCUGAUGCUGCCUGGCCUGUUGUUAACCUGCUUAGUGUUCUUUUAAUAUCACUAGUUACCUAUCAGGAAACCUGGGUGCAAAAGGAAUGAAAAGGUUAAUUUUCUGUGUAUGUUGCUGUGUCGUAGUCAGUGCAGAAACAAUUAUAGAUGAUUAACGUUCAUUAUGGACAAUUCCUCAGCAGCAUUGCAAAUCUCAAACUCAAGCCAAAGUCCCACAGCUAUCUGGUAUUAUUAUUUAGCAACCUUUAAAUAGUGAUUUUUGGGAUCUCUGAAGCUGGAAAGGAAACAAAGUUCUGUUCAGUAACCCUUAAGUGCACAGUUGAGGAAAGUGCCUUGCAUUACUAUUUUCCAUGAAGGACAUACUUGCUUUUAGACAUGUAUGAAGCAUUGUAAGGAUUAGCAUACGGGCUUGUGUGCUAAUGCUGUAGUUUACAUCCCAUGGUUACUGGAUAUACUGUAUUCUCACGGAAGACUGCAAAAAUUGUUACUAAUAUUUUGUUUAAAUGUCCUUGAAAUGAACGUGAAGAAUUGAGAGGAUUCAACCAGUUCUUAGACAUUGUAAAAUGUGCCAGUAACCAUCUGUCACACCAAUGUAAAAGCUCUUACUAUGGCAGUGCCAUGUGCAUUUGUUUUUAAUCAAUAAUUUAUUUGGUCUUCCAUUUUACAAACGCUUAAUGCAACAGUGGUAGAUGCAUUGUAGCAGUAUGAAACUCAUGGUCCUGGGCUAAUUUGUUCUUCAAACCUAAAUCAUAACAAUAUCAGAGGUGCUUUAUAGAAAAGGUGAGGAUUGCAGGUUCUGUGAAAGCAACACAAAAAUGCUCAUGUAGGAGUAAUAGACCCUGCUGCUAUUUCAGCUUGCCUUGUGGGAAUAAUCUUUUAGGGGAAUUAAACUUGUACACCAUUAAUUCAAAUCUGCACACUUCAAUCCUGGUAUCAAUUCCUGAUCUGGGGCUCUAUGCCAGUUGUGACAAUAAAGUCGUACAUGGAUUGGAAAAGCCAGUUAGGAUAAAACUACCACAUUCCUGUCCUCCAGUCUAGAGAAUUUGAUUAUCUUUUCUGUUCCAUUUUUGACUAUUUUAUUCCUUUAUGGGAUAUGAGCGACACUGCAAGACCAGCAUUUGUUGCCUGUCCUUAACUAUCCACUGAAAUGGCUGGGUGAGAGACUGUUCAGGGUAAUUAAGAGUCAACCACAUUGCUGUGGGUUUGAAGUUUCAUAUAGGUAAUGGUCAAGUAAGGAUGGCAGAUUUCUUUCCUCAAAAGACAUUAGUGAACCAGACAGAAUUUUACAAGAGUCAUUUCAUGGUCCUUAUCAAGACUAGUGUCAUAUUCUAAAUUUAUUAGUUGAAUUUAAAAUCGCACCAGCUACCAUGGAGGGAUCUGAAUCCAUGUUUUCAGAACAUUAGCUUGGACCUCUGGAUUCCUCAUCCUCUGACAUUACCAUUAUGUUAUCAUUUCCUCCUUAUGAACCUCCCACAUACCUUGGGAGGAUCUAUACAAACGCUUGUAUACAGAAUCAGCCAGCUAGAGCACAAAGUUGAAAUAUUUAGCAAACUAUGUCUCUACUAACUCUGCACAAGGCAUUUGAUCCCCUUGAUGCAGCCCAAGUGUAUCGAUAAAUACUAUUUUCAAUAAACUCGCAUCGUUUCAUUCCAGAAAAUAACCAUGCAGCCAAUACCAAACCUAGUCUGGGUUGAACUCAUUUAAGAUAGGUAUCUGGCUCAACUGCUAUCUAACAGCAGCUGUUGGAAAGACUGUGAACACACAAAACAGACCUUCAGUUUUUGUAUGUCUGGCUCUGUCUAAACAUCCUACGAUCUGCAUGUCCCUGUAUGCUAUGAUCUACUUAGACUGCAUGCAAAACAAAACUUUUCACUGUACUUAGAUACAUUGUGAUAACAGUAAAUGAAAUGAAAUCAAAUCAUAAACAAAAUUUGGGGGUGCUUACCAAAGACAUCAAAAUGUUACACAAAAGUUGCUCGUUCUGAAAUAAGUAUUUUUUGACAAUAUAACAAAGCUCUACUGGUUACAAGUUUUAAAUCAUCUCUACAAAUUUCUUAUGUGUAUGACGUUUUAAAUAAAAACCAUUAUUUGGCAGCCACCAAGAUUAGGUAUCCAGAAUCUUUAAUAACCCAACUGUCCCCACUCUUACCACCUCACUAUUCUCAGGACCUAUGUCCAGUAUGUAAGACUUUUUCUUGAAAAGCAGCAAGCUUGCUGUUGGAGGCCAUCAGUAAAUGAGAGCGAAGGCCCAACUUCAAGUCCUCCCAGUUGGUACUUGUGCAACACGUUUCAGGUUUCAGGCCUGAAACAUGCAUAACGGAAUUUCAAUCCCUAACAAAGAUCGUUGCCAGGGGAAUAGAAUUUGUAUUGAUGAUUGGUAACUGCGUGAUGAUGAUAGGCAUGUGGCUGAACUGCCACCAUAGGUGUUAUUAAUAUUCAAAUGCAUAGCAAAGUAUCAGAAAAGCUAGAGUGAAAGAAGUUCUACUAUCUGAAUGGAUCUCUAUUACACGUCAUAUCUUGACUUUAGUCCUAUUCAGUUGAUAUCAGACUAGUAAAUAAGAUAUUAAAGCAGCAUCCAAAUGGCAAAUUUUGAGAAAGGAGCCUAAAAAAUUAUGAUAAUUCUAAAUUAUACCAGGACAGCAGCAAACCCCAUUCAGGCUCUGUCAGAAGGGGAGAUCAUAAAUAUGUAAUUUUGUUUAGGAAAUGAUAGUUAAAAUGGCCAAAUCUAAAGAAAAACACCAAAUAUCUCGGCUGUAUGCCUCAAAAGGCAAUUGUACAAUAGUCAGCACUUCAUGCCAUAGAAAGAGCUUUGAUCAACUGGUACGAGCCAAAAAAUGGUUUAUGGUUAAUUGUUUGCUCACUCUCCUACAUUCCAUGUUGUCAUCUGAGUAACACCACAAGUAAAGUCACCAUAGUCCAAUUGUUCAGAGUCUGCACCAAUUAAUUACAUUUUCACUUCAUGAAAUCAAGAAUGUGGUCAGGUAGUCUCUCAGCAGUGCAUAAUUUGGACCAAGUUGCAAUAGAGGUCUGGGACUGUGAUUAACUGCAUAGAUAUCUGUCAACCUCAUGUUCUUAUAAUUCAAGUUAAUUAUUCAAAAUCUCACCUUUAAUUGGCUACAUUUUGCAUCAUUUGUGUUGCAAGCAUCAGCUUGGAUCAGUCAAUUGUACUUAUACCUGAGGUUGAAGCUUCACUGCUGACUCAAGCACAUAUGUUGGGGGUCAACAGUUCAGAGCAGUACUGGAUAAAAUUGCUCAAGAUGCCAUCUUGUGGAUACUGUACUAAACUGAGCAUCCAUCUACCUGCUAAAGUGAAUGUGACUCUCUAUUGAAGGAAGAUCAGGGAUUUUUCCAGGGUCUGGCCACCCUUCCUUCUAUAAUUGAUGCUGCCAAUUAUGCAUUAUCUAGCUACUAAUUAUUUAUUGUCAUUGGAGCCUUGCUGUACGCAAACUGGCUAUUGCAUUUGUCAAUAUAAUAGCAACACCUACCUGAAAAGCUAAUCUAUUGCUUGUAAUGUACUUUGAGAUAUGACGACGCAAAGGCGCUAUCUAAACGCAAGGUCAUUCAUGCUUCUGCUUGGUAUUUUCUAUUGCUCAAUACAAAAUAUCACUAAUUUCAACAGCAGUGCUAAGAUUCCCCCAGAGGAUUUCACUUUUGAUUGGUCAACAAGAUUGGGACAUGAUGGUCUAGUGGUAUUAUUGAUGGCCUGUUAAUCCAGAGACCCAGGUAAUGUUUUGGGGACCUAGAUUUGAAUCCCACCAUGGCAGACAGUGGAAUUUGAAUUCAAUAAAAAUAAUUCCAGAAUUAAGAGUCUAAUGAAGUCCUUGCCAAUUAGUAUUCCAACCCAAUUAGUAGGGGGGAAACCCCAUCUGGUUCACUAAUGCCUGCCAGGGAAGGAAAACUGUUGUCCUUAACCUGGUCAGACUCUUAACUGCCCUUUGGGAAAGGCAAUAAUUCCCAUGAAUGAAUUUUUAAAGAAGUGAGCAAACCCAUAAGAUCAACAAUAAAUAUAAGCACUAAUAGAUUAGAUUAGUACAUUUGCCUGAACAAUGUUGAUGGCCUAAUGACUCUGAAGAAGUAGUUUGGAUAUCCAACAAUAAGUAACAACAGGUAGUUUAUGCUUAUUCUGAGGAAGUAAUCAGACAACAAUCACUGCUUCCAAGAGAGUGUAGAAAAACCAACCAUUCUACAGUCAACUCAGAAAAACAUUUUUAAUCCUCAAGAAGCAUUUGAAAAAUCAAUUUAAUCCAGGUGUUAGCAAAAGGCCAAAUGCAAAUGAUUUCUGCUUCGGCUGGGUCUAAAUCAAACUUCAAAAUUGUGAAUAAAGUUGAUGAGGAACAAAAAUCUUGAAACAAAAACAGGCCAGCGAGCAGGAAGAGCCUUGUAACAACUGAAGUCAAAGACUCAGUGCCUUGAUCACUAGCUAAGGAGCAAGAACUAAAUUCAGCAACUAGCUGCCAUCAAAUUAAGCAACAUGUGACACUCAGUUUUCACAGUGUACCUUAAAAAUGAUCCAGGUGACAAGACUUAAUAUUCUAUUUGAUCACUAAUGUUUCAUUUCAUGAAAAGCCAUGCUUUUCCCUCCAUCUCUAUAGUUAGAGAGGGAGCUCCUGUGGUGCAGUCAGUGUCCCUAUCUCUGAACCAUGAAGGCUUGGAGUCAAGUCCAAUCUGCUCCAGGGAUGUGUCAUGACAUCUCUGAACAGAUUGGUUAAAAAUUUAGAGAGGAGAAGGGAAAGUGUGUUUGGAAAAUGAUUUCAAAGUAUUAGAAGAGGUUCUAGAAAGAAUAGUCUUUUAAAUAUUAUAAAUAGCUCUGUCAAAAAACGUGAAGGUUGGAACAUUAAGAAUGGAUAAGUUUAAUUCACCUUAAAUGUAGGUUGUAAAAGUCUAUUAAUAAACAGAAUAGCUUUUAAAUCCCUGAACCAAGAAACAGCAAAUGAUAUAGAGAAAGUUAACACAUGCAAGGUUGGUUAAUCUGGGAUAACAAUGACAACUGAAGAUAAGCAACAAACCACCUCAGGUGAUGGUUCACCACAAGCGUUCUGAAGAAGUAAAUUUAUGUUCCAAUUUCAGGGGUCCAGCCUAGUGCUAAAAAAAUUAGUGUCAUUUAAUAUGAAACAUAACCUUGCAAAGCCAUAUUACACUCUUGGGCCUUGAUUAUAGCUUUAUAACACUCAUUAAGCAAAACCAAGCUAAGAAUGUGAUGAUACACUGAAUUGAGACUCCAUGUCAAUUAAUUCAGGGUGAAGGAGUUGAUGUAAUUCUUGACGCUUAAGCUUGUGAUGA